CUUAAGCCCCGCCCCUAGCUCGCGGGCUCUCGGGAUGUUUCUGGUUACCAUGGAGUCUCGAGGGGCCGGGGAAAGCAGCUUGUGGCCCGGGCAACCCGGAAGGACAGAGCCUGGCCGAGGGGGCACGGGUAGUAGCGACUGCGAUGGUGUCCAACCCCGUGCAUGGCCUGCCCUUCCUCCCGGGCACGUCCUUUACGGACCCUACGAAAACAGCCUUCCAUAGAAGCCAGACGCUGGGCUACAGGAACGGCUAUGCAGUUGCUCGACGUCCAACUGUUGGGAUAGGUGGGGACCGGCUCCAGAUCAACCAGCUGUCCCAGGCUGAACUGGAUGAGUUGGCCAAUAAGAGACCAGUGCUAACUUAUGGCCAACCUAAGCAGGCCCCACCUGCUGAUUUUAUCCCUGCACAUGUGGCUUUUGACAAAAAGGUGCUGAAAUUUGAUGCCUAUUUCCAAGAAGAUGUCCCUAUGUCAACUGAGGAACAUUAUAGGAUCCGUCAAGUGAGCAUUUACUAUUAUCUAGAAGAUGACAGCAUGUCUGUUGUGGAACCUGUUGUGGAAAAUUCCGGGAUCCCUCAAGGCAAGUUAAUUAAACGCCAUCGGCUAACCAAGAAUGACCGAGGAGACCAUUACCAUUGGAAAGAUCUAAAUCGGGGAAUAAACAUCACAAUUUAUGGCAAAACCUUCCGCAUUGUUGACUGUGACCGAUUCACACAGGAAUUUUUGGAAAGUCAAGGCAUUGAAUUAAAUCCCCCAGAGAAAAUGGCUCUUGAUCCUUACACUGAACUCCGGAAACAGCCUCUUCGUAAGUAUGUCACCCCAUCGGACUUUGAUCAACUCAAGCAGUUUCUCACCUUUGACAAACAAGUUCUUCGAUUCUAUGCCAUCUGGGAUGAUACAGACAGCAUGUUUGGUGAAUGUCGGACUUACAUCAUUCAUUACUAUCUUGUGGAUGAUACGGUGGAAAUUCGAGAGGUCCAUGAACGGAAUGAUGGGCGAGAUCCUUUCCCACUCCUGAUGAACCGCCAGCACAUGCCGAAGAUUUUGGUAGAAAAUGCAAAGAACUUCCCUCAGUGUGUGCUGGAAAUCUCUGAUCAAGAAGUGUUGGAAUGGUACACUGCCAAGGAUUUUAUUGUUGGGAAAUCACUCACUAUUCUUGGGAGAACGUUCUUCAUUUAUGAUUGUGAUCCGUUUACUCGACAGUAUUAUAAAGAAAAGUUUGGAAUCACUGACUUACCAUGUAUUGAUGUGAGCAAGAAGGAACCACCUCCUAUAAAACAGGAAUCCCCCAUUCCAGAAGACAAAGACCGCCGAUUCAUCUUCUCUUACUUUCUAGCCACUGAUAUGAUCAGUAUCUUUGAGCCUCCAGUUCGAAAUUCUGGCAUCAUUGGGGGCAAAUACCUGGGCAGAACUAGAGUUGUUAAACCAAACUCUUUAGUGGACAACCCUGACUACUAUGGUCCUGGUGACUUCUUCAUUGGUGCUGUGAUUGACGUGUUUGGCCACCGAUUUGUCAUCCUUGAUGUAGACGAGUAUGUUUUGAAAUACAUGGAGAGCAAUGCUGCCCAGUAUUCACCGGAAGCACUCUCAUCAGUUCAGAACCAUGUUCGAAAGCAAGUGGAUCCUGCACCAGAAUUGGAAAACAAGCAAACCAAAGAGGAUCCAGGCACAAAGGAACUGGAAGCAUUAAUAGACACAAUUCAGAAGCAACUGAAAGACUAUUCAUGUAAAGACAACAUUCGUGAAGCAUUUCAAGUUUAUGACAAGGAAACUUCAGGAUAUGUGGACAGAGAGAAGUUCUUUAAAAUCUGUGAAUCUUUUAACAUCCCAGUUGAUGACUCCUUGGUUAAAGAGUUAAUCAGGAUAUGCUCUCACGAAGAAGGCAAGAUUAACUACUAUAACUUUGUUCGUGCUUUCUCAAACUGAACUGGGCAAUGAGAGAUGAAAGAUGAAUAUUUGAGGUUGGACCUACACUUUGAAAUCUACCUUGUGCUCCUUGUAGAGGCAUUUACUUCUUCUGAAGUUACGUUUCUCCUUUUUGUUUAUAUUUCACUACUACUGAAGACUAAAUAAAAUGGAUCUUAGAGAAUCUAAGAAUGGUGCCUUCUUUAGAGGGGGUGCGCGUUAGGGGUGAUGACUGAUAAAGAGCAGCAGGAAUGAUAAAACUUGCUCCAAGCAUUUUAAGUGUUGGAAAUAAGCACCCAGUACUGGCUGUUGCUGCCAGCCAAUUGCUACCCCCAGCCCCAGUAGUUCAGGGAAAUAUACCACAGAUUGUUCAAAAUGUGAUUCUGGAUCCAUUAGUAAGUAGAUCUAUAUUUUAAAAAAUGAAGUAGAAAAUGUCAGAGUGUGGUACACAUAGUAGGGUAUAUAUUAUUUCAUGAAAUUUUUUUGUUUCAAUUUUUGGUGCAUUUGCGGAGUCAUGAUGUAAAAUGUACUUCUUGAUAUGCGCUGUAGCUAAAAAAAAAAAGAAAAAAGGAAAAUGCUGCUUUUAGAGAGUCUGACCUUGAGAUAGGAAGGAAAGACUAGUAGCAGUUUCUGGUUAUCUAAUGAGCUCCGAGACCUUCUAGAACAAGUACUGCUCCUUAUGGUUGAAAUCAGGCACUAUCUUCAUCUUUAUAAAUGCUCUCUCACAUUCCUCCUUGCUACCCAGCAUGUAUAAAUGAGGAGGGAGUUCUAUAGUUCUCAGAACUACUGGAGAACUUCCCUUGGUUUUUCCUUGUCUGAUCUAAUGAGCUGAUCUAAGCCACCUAUAAUCAGCUUAUCAAAAGAGCUAGAAAUGUGUUAUGUUGACUCCCUCUUUUCUGCCCUAGGGUGAUAUCUCCGGAAGAAUUCUUUUUUUUUUGCCUCUGUGUGUGUUUUUGUUAUUUUUUUUCCCCCAGUCACUCAACUAUUUUUAAAAGGCUCAUUUUCAAGUAUUUAAAGUCCAUUGCAGUCUAAAAUAAAAAUGCUAAGCUCUAUCCUUAGAAGCAAGGAUAGAUGUGAGACUUCGUGUCACAUACUUUGGACAUGUUAUCAGGAGGGAUCAGUCCCUGGAGAAGGACAUCAUGCUUGGGAAAGCCAAGGGUCAGUGAAAGAGAGGAAGACCCUCAACAAGAUGGAUUGACACAGCGGCUACAACAAUGGGCUCAAGCAUAAUAAUCAUGAGGAUGGCACAGGACUGGGUAGUGUUCUGUUCUGUUGUACAUGGGGUCGCUAUGAGCUGGAACUGACUUGAUGGCACCUAAUCAUAAGAACAUUCUUCCUGCAUAAGGAGCCCUUGUAGUACAACAGUUAAUCACUUGACUACUAACUGAAGGGUUGGCAGUUUGAAUGCACCCAGUGGCUCCAAGGGAGAAAGACCCGGUCAUCUGCUUCCAUAAAGAUUACAGUCAAGAAAACCCAAUGGGGCAUAUUUCUGCUCUAUCACAUGGGGUUGUGAUGAGUCAGAACUCUACAUAUGGCACCCCAGUGACAACAACCUGCCCCAGCCUUGGAAGCCAGUCGUGGUGUGCGCGUAUUGCACUCUCCAGUAUUUCUCCAUCACCUUUGCCUCCCCUGGAAGAGGAAAAUUGGCAAAAGCUUUGGUCCCCUUCUCAGUAAGUCUUCCAUGAAUCCACACCAAUCUGUUAUGUAAGGAGGUGCUUGCCAAUUUUUGUUGUCAGCUUUGGGGCUCAGCUAAAAUGAGACAUUAGGAAAAAGGCUCAUUUAACAUCCUUUUACCCACCCCUGCAAAUUCAAGUGCUCAAAGCCCUGCUAACAGUUCUAACCAUUCAUCUCUUCUCCUUUUGUUCACAGAUAAAAUUUCCACUAGAUAAAAUACAGGUUUCUUUCUACUGAAUGUAGUGGGGACUAGUAUUAAAACAUCAGCCUCACUGUAAUUGUUAUAAGAGUCUCAGAGAGAGCUGUCUUGAAUAAGGUUGGCACCAUUCAGGUAUGUUCUUUAAGCUUGUUGUCCUACUCCUCACCUUGUACCCCACUUCCAAGUUUACCUAAGAGUGAGGAGUUGCUAAAAGCUUGCAAGCAGCCAUCCAAAGCACGAUGAUUGGUCUCUAUCUGCCUGGAGCAAGAGAGGAAGAAGGAGAGUCAGGACUAGGAAGAGGAUAUGGAAUGUGUGGCUGAUUGCCUCCUUUGCCAUGAGACCAGAACUGGAUAGUGCCUGACUACCAUUAUUGAACGUUUUGAUUAUAGAUUCUAUAGAAGCCUUACCAAAGGGGGAAAAUGUAGAACAGAAUUUCACAUUCCCAUAGACUCUAGGCUUUCUGGAGCUAUGAGAGCUGGAUAAACCCCUGAAACUAUUGCCCUGAGAUAAUCUUUAAAACCUAAACCAAAAAUAUCCCCUGAAGUCUUCUUAAAACCAAAUAGUAGUUCAGUUUAACUAGUAAAAAAUGUCUGCUUUUGAGCAUUAUGGCCUUUUAAGAUCUAUAUGGAAUCAAAGUGAAAGAUUAGAUAGGAACCUAAGGGGGCAGUGAGUUUAUGUUAGUGGGGGAGGAACAACUGAGAAAAGGAGGGUGAGAAUGGUUGUACAACCCAAAGAAUGCAAUCAGUAUCACUGAUUUGUACAUGUAGAAACUGUUGGUCUAUGUUUUGCUCUAUAUAUUCUCAACAACAAAAUACAAUUAAAAAGUAAAUUGAAACCUUAAGAAAGCAUGAAAGCAUAUUGGUAAUUCUAAAUAAAUACUGCAUUAAAAGGGAAAAAAAAGUGAGAAGUUGUGAUGUGUUAGCACCAUCACAAGGUAUAAAAGCUGCUUCACAGAAUACCAAAGCCAGCAGGCCAUUGCUCUGGUGUCUGCACUCACUGCUCACAUCUCUUAGUUUAUACAAGGCCACCAACUGGUAGAAACAACCAAAGUCGGAAAAAAUCGCUUUUCCUACUGAAAUCCUAAAUGGCAGCGCAGCCAUUAAACGUCACUAAUUACCUUAUGCUAGAGUCACACCUGGUCCGCAGCUGGAGCCUUGGACUUAGGUGAUGGAAGUGAGCUGAGCAUUAGCCUGCAGCAGUUAAUAUGUGCGCAGAAGAGAUGACCAUCCCUACAAGCUGGCCCCCAGGGAGUUGAGACAGGAAAAGAAAAUUAGCAUCACUGUUAGCAUUUAAGGAGCCCUGGUGGCGCAGUGGUAGAGAGCUACAUGGAGCUACUACUGUUAACCAAAAGGUUGGCAGUUCAAAUCCACCCGCCGCUGCUUGGAACCCUGAUGGGGCAGUUUUACACUGUCUUAUUGGGUCACUAGGGGUUGGAACUGACAGCAGUGGGUUUUUAUUAGCACUUACAGUGGAGGCACACUAGAAGCUGCAGCUAUUUGACCUAACUUAAAGAUGUACGUACGACUGUUCAGAGUGGCUUAUAGAUAUAGAUACAGGGCUAGUAAAAUCUGCCUUGUGGGUGAGUGAAGAUUGACUGGGAGUCAGCCAGUACGCAGAACCCUGGCCUGUACCUGUCUGCAGCACCAGGGGACCUUGAAAAUACUAUCUGACUAGGGGUGCAUCCUAUCCAUAUCUGUAUGCUUUGAGGGCACUUGAGACCAAUGGGAAUGGAAGACUUAUCUAAAUGCCAUUUCUAGAGACUCAAAGGUCACUUGGGUGACUCCCGAAGGAAGAGCCUGUGGACACAUAGGUAUGAACAUGUUCAUUGAAAAAAAAAAAAAUCAAUUUAUUGAAUGGUUAAUUUGGACCAGACUUAGUAUUCACUAUCUCAAAAUCUCACCCCCUCCCAGAAAAAACAAAACAAAACAAAAAAAACCUGGGCCACAGAUGAGCAAACGGACUGAGCAAGGUUAACUGCUGAAGGUCACCUAGCUUCUCAUGGCAGAACAGGAAUGAAACCCAAGUCUGAACCUUUAGUGAGUUAAAUGCACCUUCAACUCAAGUAAAUGCUUCCACUUUAAUUCUCACACCCUGUAACUGCGCCCAUCGUCAACAGCUCUCUCUCUAAAAAUGGUUCUGGAAAAUGCAGUGGAGCCUCCUGCGACAGCAAGCCAUCAACUGACACCAACAAUCCUCACUGCCCACCACUUCUACCAAUACUUGGAUGUCUUCCGUUUAGCACCAACACCAGUAUUUGGUGGCGUUUACACACAAGCCAAACCCCUUUUCCAACAAGUCAAAUGACCUCAUAAUACAGUUGGUAUCAAGCAUGGUAUGCUUCCUUCUGGAGUUUCCUACCCGCCGACCUCAUGUCAAGAAAACCACUUUCCAAAAAAGAAAAAAACCCUUUCCACUCUUAGAAUUUACUGUUCUAGACUAAAAAAUGAUGUGUAUUAUCCAAUCAAUAGUAACUGACUCUCCAUCCUUACUUUUGUAUUCCCUAAUUCCCGUGGUCACAUCACCACAAUGAACCAAUAUACCUCAAAAGAUAUACAUGAAAUGACUAACAUGGUGAAAAACAUUAAAAACAAGGGCU